AUUCAAUUGUCAUUUAAUUGGAUUAAUUUUUUAAAUAAUAUUUAACUAAUGCAAUUAUAAAAGUUUUUCAAUCCUAAUUAUAUAGGAAGCAAGUGUGCUUUAAACACAAUUUUCCUAUCACGCUAAUUAGGCCUAACAAAUUUUGGGUCGCAAGUUUUUUACUCAGAAAGGUUGGGGCCUGAAUUGGUCAGCCGGUCAGGGCAAUAGCUUGAGUUGGGUCAGCCUGUCAGGGCAGACUGGACCUUACAGUUAUCUGGGUUUGUAGUCAAAGCCUAACCUAGAUAAACUUGGACUGGAUUACUUUAUCCUUCUACCUCGGAGGGCCCAUUUAAAGCCCACACUACAGUUAACUAACUCUUCUUGAACAUAUUUAAUCUAAAUAUUUGGAGUUUGGUUAAUAAUAAUAAUAAUAAUAAAAAAAAAGAAAUAAAUGCCUUUUGUUCCUCAAAAUUUGAUUACUUAAAUGGUAGUCAUUCCAACAUUUUUUUGCCCCUAUAUCAUUCCUGAACUUCUUGAUCCACUAACCUAUUCUCUUUUAUAAAUUUAUAAAUUAUGAUUAAAAAAAAAUUUCUCCGAUUUUGAGUUAAUUACGUGUUAUUAAGUUAUUAAGUUAAGUUAGAUGAUCAUUAUUCACGAUUUUAAGUUCUAAGGCCUAACAACUAUUAAUGUGUUAUCACUAAAAUUUACAAUUAAAAACAAAAAAAAAUUGAAAAAUUAAGAAAGAAGAGGAUAGAGAUCAGAGAGUAAUCUUAAUUUGGAGCUGAAAAGAUUUAUAUAUAGGAAUUUAAAUUUCAAAAAGAAGAUGCCUAAUUCAUCGUUUUCUGAUUUCCGCCAUUCCUUAUGUUACCCUCUUUCCCGCGUUUUGUUUUUUCUUUUAAAUGGCUUUAAAUUACCAGUUCAUGAGGGAAUCCUUUCCUACCAAAAACAUAUGAAAAACCCACCAAAUUUUUCUUCUUCUUCUUCUUCAAUCUAGCUAAGGUUCCUGUGUUUGAGUUCUAAAUCUAAGCAAUGAGGCACACCAGGUUCUUAACAUCGUCCAAGCUUUGUCUAUGCCUUUCUUUGUUAGUGGCGUUAGUUGAUGGGGGCAGUUCAGAACUUUUCUAUGAUUGGACUGUUUCUUACUCUCAACGUGCCCCUCUUGGCGUUGAUAAACAGGUGAUAGUGAUCAAUGACAUGUUCCCAGGGCCAGUCUUGGAUGCAACAACGAAUGAUGUUGUGAAUAUUAAUAUUCAUAACGAAUUAACAGAUCCCUUUCUCAUGACAUGGAAUGGAAUUCAAAUGAGGAGGAAUUCAUGGCAAGAUGGAGUGCAAGAGACGAAUUGCCCUAUCCUGCCAGGCCAAAACUGGACAUACAGCUUUCAGCUUAAGGAUCAGAUUGGAAGUUUCUUUUAUUUUCCUUCGCUUCUCCUGCAGAAAGCUGCUGGUGGGUACGGGGCCAUUCAUGUGAAUAAUCGCGCUGUUAUUCCCAUUCCAUUCCCAAAACCAUAUAAAGAAUACGAUGUACUGAUUGGUGAUUGGUACAAUGCCAACUAUGGGGUCUUGAGAGCAUCAGUGGAAGAUGGGAACUCAUUGCCCCUGCCUGAGGGGAUUCUAAUCAAUGGGCAAGGGCCGAAUCAAGCAAGUUUUGAGUUUGAGCCAGGUGCCAUGUACAGGCUUAGAAUUUCAAACGUAGGCUUGAAGACAUCUUUGAAUUUCAGAAUUCAGGAGCAUUUGAUGCUGUUGGUGGAAACUGAAGGUUCUUACACAGUUCAGCAAUUAUAUGAUAGCCUGGAUAUCCAUGUUGGACAAUCUUACUCGGUCUUAGUCGCAGCAAAGAACCAGACCAACGCCAAGUCUUACUACAUGGUUGCAAGUUCUCGCUUUACUACUUCCGAACAAUUUGGCAUUGGUCUCAUUCGUUAUCCAGACUCUGUGGGAGACCCUGGUGUCCCUCUUCCCAGUGGACCAAGCCAAUCUGAUUACGAGUUCUCCAUACAGCAGGCUCGUUCGAUAAGGUGGAAUUUAGCAGUAGGAGCAGCCAGGCCAAAUCCACAAGGUUCCUUCCACUAUGGCAGCAUAAAUAUCUCUCGCACACUUAUUCUUGAGAAUAAUGUGAUGCUCCUCGGAAGAAAACGAAGGUUUACAGUAAAUGGAAUCUCAUUUCUGCACCCAGAUACACCAUUGAAGCUAGUGGACAACUUCAAGUUCAAAGAUGUAUUCUUGCCUGGUAUCAUUCGUGACAGACCAACUACUACUCCUCCUUCUUUGGGCACUUCGGUAAUCGAUGCCCAAUGCCACGAUUUUUACCAUAUUGUCUUUCAGAAUCCUCUGUCAGAAGUGCAAACAUGGCACAUGGAUGGCUACAACUUCUUUGUUGUCGGAAUGGAUUGGGGCACGUGGGAUGAAAGCAAGAGAGCAGGAUACAACAUGAUCGAUGCUGUUUCUCGCUCAACAAUUCAGGUUUAUCCAUCGUCAUGGACAGCAAUACUUGUCCAAGUGGACAACCCGGGGAUGUGGAAUCUGAGGUCACAGAAUGCAGAGAAUUGGCAUCUUGGGCAGGAACUGUAUCUAAGAGUUAAAGGUCUCGAAGAGGAUGAUUCAUCAACCAUUUCUGCAAGGGAUGAAGCUCCAAUGCCUGAGAAUGUCAUCAAAUGUGGAAGAGCCGCUAAACUAUGAAAUUUUCUUGAAGAUCUUAGUCCUGAAUUGGUUGAAGAACUAGUAGCAUACUUUCAUCAAAUUGUUUCGUUUUUUCUCUUAAAAUUUGUGAGGUUUGGGCAUGCUAACUUGCUUAUAGAUAUGAAGAAUAGGCCUCUUUUCUCCAUGAUUCCUGUUAACAUUUAUUUCUGUAAAAUAUCAGUUUGGGAUUCGGAAUCAUUCCUAAGUAAGCUUUGCUUGUAGCUUAUUAUUUAUGAAGGAAUAAACAUAAGUCCGUUCCCUUUA